AUGCAGGGACAGGUCAGGUCAGGUCAGGCCGCUGGUAAACAGUGGUACGACGCCAGAAGACUGCACGGAGCCCCCUUUUACGUUGCCCCACUUCACGCCUUCGACGGUGGCGCCGCGGAGGCCAGCCAAAAUGGCAAUCUAUGUGCGAAGGUGGUGUUUUCAACGGGCUCGGCUUUGGGGCGGGCAAGGAUAUCAGACCGCUGCAUGGACUGGUUCGUACGCAAGCGACAAGAACGAGACGAAAGCCAGGACCAGGUGCACCGGUGA